AUGGCGGCUCUGUCAAGCGCGGAAAUGUGUGUUAAAUACGCUCUGUUCGUAUUUAACUUCGUCUUCUGGUUGGCAGGUUCUGGAGUCCUGGCCGUGGGUCUGUGGCUGCGGUUUGACUCCAGGACGGCAGGACUGUUUGAAGGAGAAGACUCGCCCACCGUCUUCUUCACUGGUGUGUACAUCCUGAUCGCCGCGGGGGCUCUGAUGAUGGUCGUCGGCUUCCUCGGAUGCUGCGGCGCCAUCAAGGAGUCGCCGUGCAUGCUGGGACUGUUCUUCCUCUUCCUGCUCAUCAUCUUCGCCGUGGAGGUGGCUGCUGGGACCUGGGGCCUCUCCAACAAAGACCGGGUGGUGGAGGACGUCACAGAGUUUUAUAAACAGACUUAUUCCAACUACGUACAAACCAAACAAGAAGCUCUGAAGGAGACGCUGCGCCUCAUCCACUUUGGAUUGAACUGCUGUGGUCCGACUGGGACGGUGAUCGCUGCGGCCAAAGACACCUGCCCUGACAAGGAGGCACUCGUCGUCACGAGUUGCCCCAACGCCAUCGACGAGAUGUUCAACACCAAACUACACAUCAUCGGUGGAGUCGGCAUCGGCAUCGGAGUCAUCAUGAUCUUCGGGAUGAUCUUCAGCAUGAUGCUCUGCUGCGCCCUCAAGAGAUCCAGAGACUUCGUCUGA